UCCGGCAGUGGGCAAGUAACUUCCCAUCUGUCGUCUCCCAUCUGCCUUCCACUGCCAGAUCAGAGAGCACAGAGCUAUGGUUAGCUGAGAAGAGCACCGACCCUCAGGAGCCGGCUCUGGGCCUACGGUGGCAUUGUCCGACCGAUCAACUUGGCUACAAGCCCAAGCCGAUGGAGAGCGAGAUUCCCACCAUGCGCCACGUGUACAAGGUGCUGGCCAGACAAUAUGAUCCUCUUGGAUUCAUCAUUCCCUACACAACGCGGGCCAAGGUUCUCGUCCAGAAACUGUGGGCGAAGAAGAGGAGCUGGGACGACCCAAACCUUCCUCCUGACAUCCUUGAGGCCUGGUCCAGCUGGGAGAGGGAACUUCCGGAGCUGGUAAAUAUCUCCCUACCGCGAACCUACGCACCACAGGACAUCGCCAAUGAUGCCACAAAGUAUACAAUGCAUGUCUUUUGUGAUGCCUCUGAACAGGCAUACGGUUCGGUAGUUUACCUCACAACGAAGAGUGACGACACUGUCCAUGUUUCAUUCGUUAUGGCAAGGUCUAGGGUGGCUCCGAAGCGCCAGCAGUCAAUGCCACGUCUAGAGCUCUGUGCAGCAUUGACAGGAGCCCAGCUGUCCUCCCUCGUUCAUCGAGAGCUCACCUUAAGCAUCACCCAGACCUUCCUUUGGACUGACUCCACCACCGUCUUAACCUGGUUGACAUCCGAGUCCUGCAGGUUCAAGGUCUUCGUUGGAACCAGAGUCUCAGAGAUUCAUGACCUGACGUCCUUGCACACCUGGCGGUAUGUGGACACGGCCAACAAUCCAGCCGACGAUCUCACCCGCGGCAAGACUUUGGUUGAGCUGGCGGCGCCAAAUCGGUGGAUUCAAGGGCCAUCGUUCCUCCGUGGUCCACCUAAAAAUUGGCCAUCGCUUCCCACCUCCACAGAGCCAGAAGAUGCUGCUGAGCUCAAGCACAGUAUCUUCUGCGGCCUCACACAGAUGAGUCUGGCACCUCAAACACCAGACGUCACACAGUUCGACAGCUGGACAGACCUGGUCAACGCCACCCAGCAGUUAUUUGAUGGGGCGGCGGCUGACCCAUCACUACCUCAACCGGACCUUCUUGACGCCGAAGCCCUCCUGCUGAAGGCUAGCCAAGCAGACUGCUUCCCAGGAGAGAUUAAGUGUCUCAGGGCCGGUAAACCAGUACUGCCCAGCAGUAAGCUCAGUACGCUUACACCGGAGAUGGAUCCAACAAUGGGUCUUAUCCGAGUCGGUGGACGCUUUCGUCGUAUGGACACUUCCUGUUCUACCGACAUCCACCCCAUAGUUCUCGAUCCCUGCCAUGCGGUAACAAGACUCCUUAUCAAGGACGUGGAUGCACGACUACUCCACCCAGGACCCGAUAGGGUCUUCGCCGAGAUCAGGCGCAAGUACUGGGUCCUCCGUGGGAGACAGGCUAUCAAGCACCAUCAGAGGACUUGUACGGAAUGCAGAAAAUGGAGAGGGCAGCCAGUGGUUCCAAUCAUGGCGGACCUACCCCCUGCCCGCCUGCGGAUCUUCAAGCCUCCGUUCUUCUCGACGGGAGUGGACUGCUUUGGACCAUACGUCAUCAAGGUCGGGCGGCGCAGGGAGAAACGAUGGGGUGUCAUAUUCAAAUGUCUCACCACUCGAUGUGUCCACUUAGAUCUGCUAAAUAGUAUCGACGCCGACGCCUUCCUCCUAGCAUUGAGGCGAUUCAUCGCACGUAGAGGCACCCCUUUCGAGGUUCUCUCUGAUCAGGGAACAAACUUCCGAGGUGCAGAGAGAGAGCUGAAGGAGGCGUUCGCUGCAAUGGAACCACAGCUACAAGAGAGACUUGCCAAGCAACGGAUCAAAUUCAAGUUCAACCCACCAGCGGCUCCCCACUUUGGUGGCGCCUGGGAGCGUGAGAUACAAUCCGUCAAGAAAGCCCUGCAGGUGGUGAUUGGUGCUCAGUCCCUCCAAGAAGAAGUCCUGCUCACAGUCUUAAUUGAGGUAGAAGGCAUCCUCAAUUCCAAGCCCUUAGGAUACGUGUCGUCAGACGUUGGGGAUCCGGAUCCUGUGACACCAAACAUGUUGCUGAUGGGGCGGCGGGACGCCUCCUUGCCACAAGUGUCCUACGCUCCGGACCCACUCACCAGGAGACGGUGGCGUCAUUGUCAAAUGAUGGUGGAUCACUUCUGGACACAAUUCAUCAGAAGCUACUUACCGUCUCUUCAGGUCCGCCAGAAGUGGCACCAACCUACCGAUGAUCUUCUCCAGGACACUGUCGUGAUGAUCGUCGAUCCUCAGCUGCCGCGUGCUCAUUGGCCCGUUGGGAAGGUGGUCAGGCUGAAUGCCAGUGCCGAUGGAUGCAUCCGGUCUGCUGAGGUCCAAGUGGGGGACAAGACUUACCUGCGACCAGUAGCACGCCUUGUCCGGCUGCCAGCUGUUCCGGACGACAACGCUGAUCCAGGGACUCCUGUAGCACCUUAGGGAAUUUAUUUUGUUUACAUAAUAGCCAUGCUAUUCAGGGGGCGGCUGUUGUAAAUUCCCUAUAGUUUGUAAUAUCGUAUCGUAUAAUAUAUAGCGUUAUUUCUAUUCAGGCACUUUGGGCAGCCCAGGUAGCGCCGUAGGGUCCUAGAGUUACGAGUUGUACGGGGCUGCGCCAGAGCUCGUUGCGCGCGACCGCUUAACACGCCAUGACAGAGAAUGCGUUCGUGAAGAAAAAACCAUUCCUACAUCAUUCAUUUAUUCAUACAUCUGUUCAUCCAUUCCGUCAUUCAUUCGGUUGCUUAUUGAAGCCAUCAUUGAUAUCAUUCGUCUGCAAGAGAUAUAAACAUCCUGAACUGUUCCCUGUGUAUGCGUCUACUCUCUGACCGGAGUUACCGUCCUGGAUAAAGUGAUCCAA